CCCAGGUUAAGACAGAAGAGCGCGAGCAGCCCAAUGACUGACACCGGAUGCGUGUCGUCACACAUCCUGUAAUCUGCUUUGAUUUUAGAGCCGCUUAUUCCAGACUGCUGCUGGAUUCAUAGUAACAGUGAUGAAGAGCUUCAGCGGAAUUCGAGCCGCUUUUCACAUAUUCACAAGAGACCUCCAUCAUCAUCACUGUGUGGGAAUAAUAGGUGCACCUUUUUCUAAAGGACAGCAGAGAGAUGGUGUGCAGAGAGGAGCAGACCUCAUUCGAGCUGCUGGAUUGGUGCAGAAACUUAAAGGGCAAGGUUGUGUAGUGAAGGAUUAUGGGAAUCUGACUUUUGAGGACAUUCCCAAUGAUGAGCCCAUUGGCAGACUGAAGAGUCCGAGAGCAGUCGGCCGUGCCAAUGAGCUGCUCGCAGGAGCUGUGCUGAAGAUCAAGAGCGAUGGCAACACUUGUGUGAUGCUGGGAGGAGAUCACAGCUUGGCGAUUGGUUCGAUUUCAGGUCAUGCCGCCUCAAGACAUGAGCUGAGUGUUUUAUGGGUGGAUGCACACGCAGACAUCAACACGCCUUUAACCACACCAACGGGAAACAUUCACGGCCAACCGCUGUCGUACCUCAUCCAUGAACUGCACUCAAAGAUUCCCAUAAUUCCACAUUUCUCAUGGUUAAAGCCUUGUGUAGCAGCUAAGGACAUUGUCUACAUUGGACUCAGAGAUGUAGACCCAGAAGAACAUUAUAUCCUGAAGCACCUUGGAAUCAAAACGUUCUCCAUGACAGAGGUUGAUCGGCUUGGAAUAGCAAAAGUAAUGGAGCAGACGUGUGAUCACAUGUUUUCAAAGGUGAAAAAACCCAUCCACCUCAGUUUUGACAUUGAUGCACUGGACCCAUCGGUCUCACCUGCAACAGGCACACCUGCAGCGGGAGGACUGACCUACAGAGAGGGCAUUUACAUCACUGAACACAUCUGUCAGACAGGUCUUCUCUCUGCUGUAGACAUGGUGGAAGUGAACCCAAAGCAGGGCAAAACAGAGGAUGAAAUUAAAUCAACAGUAAACGCUGCUGUGGAUCUGUUACGGAGUUGCUUCGGACGGGUCCGCGAGGGGUCUCAUGAGCCCGAUUACCAAAUUCCAAAUCCAUAAAUCACAGGCUUUAUUUUUGUUAUUUUGUUUUCUCUUUUUGUUAUAUUUACUUACUGGCAUCAUUAUUUAGGCCAUCAUGUAAUUUAAAUUGAAUUUAAAAGGG